UGUUUGUGGUUAAACUACAGACCCAAUUUAAAGGUUACUUCGCUUGUCUUUAGAAAAUCGAGAAGACUGCUUUUCAAAAGUAGGAACAAUGUCUGGAGUUACUUCAGCUGAAAUCUGCCUCACUACUGAAAACCUUGAGAGCUCUCUGGCAUCGGAUGGCAUGCUGGUUUACUAUUUCAAUGAGUUCUUAAAUCUGCCGUCUUUCUCACAGGCUUUGAUGUACAAUCAGGAAUCGGGACUUUUUGAGGUGGUUAAUCCAGAAGCUCAGUUUUUCUCCGGAAGGAUGAGCGUGGCUCUGAAACUCUGUGAAACAUGGCUGCAUUCUGGUGACCUGCCUGCGAUUUGCAGGACGCCACCGGACAACCGUUACUCCGUCCAA